GGUGCGCAGCUCCCGGGCCCGGCGGAGGGGCGGAGAGGAGCGGAGGAGGUGGGGGGGAAGAACCGGGGCGGGGAGGGGGCCGGGCUCUGCCCCUUCUCCGGGGCUCGGCGGAGCGCAGCCGCCCCUCGCCGUGCCUCCCCCCCCACCCCCGGCAGCCAGAGCCUCGGCAGAAGCCGCCGGGAGCCCGGGCGGGGAUGCGGGAGGCGGCGAGCGGCUGAGGGCCCCGGCUCCGCGCCGGGGGGAGCACACACAUCCCCCCCCAUCCCUCUCUUUCACAGCCUCCCCCGGAUUUGGGAUCUACCUUGGGAAUUAUUAUAUUUUUUUUUUUUUUGUCACGCCUUUUUUUUUUUUUUUCCCCUUUUUUUUAAUUAAAUUUUUUUUUAAUUUUUUCUUUGCACACGUGGAGGAACGCGUGGAUUUUACUAACAUGAUCUUGGCAAACGCCUUCUGCAUCGUCCUCUUCCUAGAUGAGAUCCUCCGCUCGCUGGCUGGCCCCCCGUCCCCGCCGGGGCAGGACCCCCCCCAUGGCUGGCGGGUGGCCGUGGACUGCGUGCGAGCCAACGAGCUGUGCGCGGCGGAGCCCAGCUGCAGCUCCCGGUACCGCACGCUGCGGCAGUGCCUGGCCGGCCGCGACAGGAACACCAUGUUGGCCAACAAGGAAUGCCAGGCGGCCCUGGAGGUGCUGCAGGAGAGCCCCCUCUACGACUGCCGCUGCAAGCGUGGGAUGAAGAAGGAGCUUCAGUGCCUUCAGAUCUACUGGAGUAUACACCUGGGGCUGACCGAAGGAGAAGAAUUUUAUGAAGCUUCACCCUACGAGCCAGUCACCUCUCGUCUCUCUGAUAUAUUCAGACUUGCUUCAAUUUUCUCAGGAAUGGACCCCGCCACCAACUCCAAAAGCAACCACUGCCUGGACGCGGCCAAAGCCUGCAACCUGAACGACAACUGCAAGCGCCUGCGCUCGGGCUACAUCUCCACCUGCAGCAAGGAGAUCUCGGCCACCGAGCACUGCAGCCGGAGGAAAUGCCACAAGGCCCUGCGCCAGUUCUUCGACCGCGUCCCCAGCGAGUACACCUACCGCCUCCUCUUCUGCUCCUGCAAGGACCAGGCUUGCGCCGAGCGGCGGCGGCAAACCAUCGUCCCUUCCUGCUCCUACGAGGAUAAGGAGAAGCCCAACUGCUUGGAUCUGCGCAACACGUGCCGGACGGAUCACCUCUGCCGGUCCCGGCUGGCUGAUUUCCACACCAACUGCCAAGCAUCCUUCCAGUCCCUGACCAGUUGCCCCGGGGACAACUACCAGGCGUGCCUGGGCUCCUAUGCGGGGCUCAUCGGCUUCGACAUGACGCCCAACUACGUCGACGCCAGCACCACCAGCAUCACCAUCUCGCCCUGGUGCUCCUGCAAAGGCAGCGGCAACAUGGAGGAGGAAUGCGAGAAGUUCCUCCGGGACUUCACGGAAAACCCCUGUCUCCGGAACGCCAUCCAAGCCUUCGGCAAUGGCACCGACGUGAACCUCUCCCCCAAGAACCCGUCACCCCCCAUCACCCUGCCGCCGAAGACGGAGAAGAGCCCGGCCUUGCCGGACGACAUCAACGACAGCAACACCAUGUACGACACGAGCGUCAUCACCACCUGCACCUCCAUCCAGGAGCACGGAGCAAAGCUAAACAAGUCCAAAGAGCAGAGCCUGUGCUAUUCAGAGACCCAGCUGACCACGGACAUCAUGCCGGACCAGAAGACGUUCGUGGACCAGAAGGCAGGCGGCAGCCGACACUGGGCGGGCCGGAUCCUGCCCAUUGUGCCCACCCUCCUGCUGAAGCUGGUGGUAUAGAGGGGGCGAGGAAGGUGGCCGGCGGGGACGGGGACGCUCGCCCAAGCGGGCUACCGGCACCCUCGCUCCCGCCUUGGCUCCUGCUGCGGCCGUGGGGAAGGGAAGGACCAUCCCGGUGCCGGAGACUGAAACGCUCAGAACCAGCGGGGAAGCCGAGCCCGGGCACGCCGGCGGCUGGAGGACCCUCACCACGCUGGGAAACUUUGGUGGUUUUCUUCCUAUUUUCAUUUUUUCCCCUCUUUUUUUUUUUUUUGUUUGGUUUUUUGGGUUUUUUUUGGGUCUUUUAUGGUGCGUCCGGGUUUCUUUUCUAAAGCAGGAGCCCACGGUUGGUGGUGAAAUCCCCCCAAAGUGCCCUGCCGCGGGGGAUCCAGAGCUGCGAAUGGCACCGGGGAGGGACAAUAAUCCUCGAGCGGAGGUUAUUUGCCGGACCCAUCGGCCCGGGUGCGCUGGGGACGGCGAGGUUUCCGUAUGGGAGCAUCCCGAAGCAUGGACGUGCCGUUGGGAAGCUUUUCCGCAUCCUCCGAGGGGAACUCGCUCGAGCCCUUGACGUUGUUAAUUGGGGUUGGUUUUUAUUUUCUUUCCCGUGGUUGGCGAGAGUUUUAAAAUGGAAGAGAAAAGAAGCUCCUGUUCAAACGUUGUGAGGUUGUCCUGGUGUUCUCAAUCUGUCACUCGGAGGGGGAGAUAUUUUUUAUUUUUAUUUUUAUUUUUUUUUAAAACCCGUGUCCGGUCGAAUUUGGGUUGGGAUCUGACCCAUCAGUGGUCAGAAACCUCUAUAUAUUCCUCUCCAUUUUCUUUCUUUUAUAUAUACAUAUAUAGUAUAUAUGUAUGUAUAUAGCGUUCACCUAUACCUACAUAUAUGUAUGUAUAUACAUAACCAUAUACAUCUACAGU